CUAUGUGACUAUAAAUGAGGCGACGAUUUCUGCUAGUCCACAGCAUCUAGCUAGUUAAUUCACAAACUUGAGUUGGAUUUUGGUGAUCUUGUGAAUUGAUCUGCGAUGUCGGACGAGGUAGUUCUGUUGGAUACAUGGGCUAGCAUGUAUGGUAUGAGGGCUAGGAUUGCAUUGGCUGAAAAGGGUGUUAGGUAUGAAUACAAGGAAGAGAAUCUCAUGAACAGGAGUCCUUUGCUUUUGCAGAUGAACCCAAUUCACAAGAAGAUUCCUGUUUUGAUCCAUAAUGGCAAACCCAUUUGUGAAUCUGCAAUAAUAGUGCAGUACAUUGAUGAGGUCUGGAAUGACAAGUCUCCACUCAUGCCCUCCGAUCCUUACAAGAGAUCUCAAGCCAGAUUCUGGGUGGACUACAUUGACAAAAAGAUUUAUGAUACUUGGAAGAAAAUGUGGCUUUCUAAAGGAGAAGAGCAUGAAGAAGGGAAGAAGGAGUUGAUCUCUAUCUUUAAGCAAUUAGAAGAGACACUAACUGACAAACCCUUUUAUGGGGAUGACACGUUUGGCUUUGUUGAUCUUUGUUUGAUCACUUUCUCUAGUUGGUUUUAUACUUAUGAGACAUAUGGGAACUUCAAAAUGGAAGAAGAGUGUCCUAAACUCAUGGCUUGGGUCAAGAGAUGCAUGGAGAGAGAGACUGUGUCCAAUACUCUUCCUGAUGCUAAGAAGGUGUAUGGUCUUAUUGUGGAACUGCAGAAGACACUUGAAUCGAAAUAGAAGAUUUCAAUAAAUCAACCCAUUAAAUAAUAUUUUCAUGUUAAAUAUGUUGUUGUAAGGUCUUGUGUACUUUUCCUCUAUGGUUGUGUGGGUUGGGUCAGUCAUUUAUGUGGUUUACUAGACACUAAUACAUCUUCUCUAUUGAAGAUUAAGGUAUCUAAUUAUUUUUCCCAUUACUAUAUAUUGAAUAUUAUCGUCUUUGACAUUGAAAAGAAAGAAAACGUAGAAAAAGCAAAGACUUGUGUUAUUCAUAUAAUGUUAUCUUUUUAUUUUUUUCUAUCAAACUACUAUUAAUCAUCU